AUGAUCGGGUUGGAGUCUUGGUUCUCCAACUUCACGCAGUUCUCGAGGAAGUGGAUCACGGCGGAAUCUCUGGCCGACGUUCCGAGGCCCCACGUCGAAUACGCCAUCUGGAGCACGUUCAAGGCCGCCGAGUUGAUGAGCGUCUUGGGUUGGGCUGCAGAAAAGGGACAAAACCAGUUCGAGGAGUUCAGGAGGACUUCUGGCCCAUCCGAUUUACCGGUUCUAUCUCUGGAAGCAGCUCACUCCUGAGAUGACGACUCCGAAUUCUCACAAGAUCAUCCGGAGCAAGUGUCGCCGCCUGCAGGUUUCAAAAGCCGUCAGAAUCAACUUGAACCUCGUUGCAGGGUCGUUUUCUGUUGGUCGGUCUUUUUUCGGCUCCUCUGCUUUCUCGGUUACAAACUCUUCAGAGUGGUCAAUAGAAAAUCGAGAAAAUUGACUUGAAACUGAUGUUUGAUAUUCAGGAACCACAGCUGCCGAAUUGCAAAACAAGUGCUACGCCAUCCGGUGCGACGGCCACGGGCUGACCAUUGUAAUUUCAUUUUUUGUACUUGUGAGCAUGAAGUGAAGAUAUAUCAAGACUUUUAGUUUUUCUAGACUCUUCAGGAAACUCCUGAAACCAAAAAGCUUAGUAAUGAAGGAAACUCGGAAAGCAGUAGAAAAUGCACUUCACGCCUUUUUCUUUGUUCUUCGAAUUUCAAAAUGAUCUUUUUCUUGUAACUCCAGCUACAAGCUCUCGAAGAUCCCUAAAUGACAUUUCAGGACCGAUGUGCGUUGGUGUGCGGCCUGGUCGGCUGGUACUGGCGGCGAUUCCAAGGUGCCGUCGAUGGAAUCAACAUCGGACUCGCCUACGCCUUGUUCAGCACCAAAGUUCUGGAGCCAAGAACGUCUCCGAUGCUCCGAGAUCAUAUCCAUCCCGACCUGAGGUACAACUCCGUCGAGGCCGCCUCGGAGAACAAAUCCAAACUCAUCAAGUUCUUUGCUGAACAGGAUCGCAAAAACAGUCAGUAG